AAACACACAGCAAACACCGCUAUGAUACCGCGGGAUUCCCCUCUGACAGCGAGCAUCCUGCCCCCGAAAACAGACGCGCUCCUCGGCUGAGAGACAGAGAAGAGGGGCUCGGUCGUGGUUCUUUUUUUUUGGUUCGAGGCUCCGGCUGAAAAGCGCAAGAUCCGGGUUUUUAAUCGCACCUGCUCUGGAUGCGUUUCUCUCUUUUUUCUCCCCCCCUUCUUCUUCUUCUUCUUCUUCUUCUGAUUCUUCUUCUUCUUUCAGCUCUCGAUCGGGCCUGACAUUAACGAGCAACUGAGCCCUCCACUCUAGGGGCCUUGCUGUUGUGCGCCAGCCCCUUUUUUUGCGCUGAUUUCGGGCUUCAGGACCAAAACAUCGACUCCCGGAGAAGCUUUUUUGCGAGAGUCUUUCGGUUGUUGUUCGGAGAGGAUCGAUCCAGACCCGUCGGUGCCAUGGAGCCCACAUCAGCCUGGUCCUGAACGGCGCAAGGAAACAGCGUAAGGGAAGAAGAGAGCAACCAUUCUGGCCUAAACUCCACUCCUGCUCCAAACCGACAGACAGACAGACACACCGGUGAGAGCGACAGACAGGCAGAAGCCAAGUCAUGGAGGCGAUAUGGCUCUAUCAGUUCCGGCUGAUCGUCAUCGGGGACUCCACGGUGGGAAAGUCGUGUCUGAUCCGGCGGUUCACGGAGGGCCGCUUCGCCCAGGUGUCGGACCCCACCGUCGGCGUGGACUUCUUCUCCCGGCUGGUGGAGAUCGAGCCGGGCAAGCGGAUCAAGCUGCAGAUCUGGGACACCGCGGGUCAGGAGCGCUUCAGGUCCAUCACCAGGGCUUACUACCGUAACUCUGUGGGCGGGCUACUCCUGUUCGACAUCACCAACCGUCGCUCUUUCCAGAACGUCCACGAUUGGCUGGAGGAGGCUCGCAGCCAUGUCCAGCCGCACAGCAUCGUCUUCUUAUUGGUGGGCCACAAAUGCGACCUGGAGGCACAGCGCCAGGUGACCCGCCAGGAAGCAGAGAAGCUGGCAGGGGCGUACGGGAUGCGCUACGUCGAGACGUCGGCCCGUGACGCCAUCAACGUCGAACACGCCUUCACCGAGCUGACCAGGGACAUCUUCGCCUUGGUGCGGUCCGGUGAUAUCUCAAUCCAGGAAGGCUGGGAGGGCGUUAAGAGCGGGUUUGUCCCCAAUGUGGUUCACUCCUCGGAGGAAGUGACCAAGAGUGACCGCCGCUGUCUAUGUUGAUCUGGCAAGAGUUUUAAGACUGAAGGUAAAAAGAGGAGGGAUCAAGGAAGGAUUCAGAGGGGAGUGGCUGAUGGACUGAGGUGUCAGCCCUCUGACUGAAACAGUUGGUAACCCUCUAUUGUUCUUUCUUCAGACUGGAUACAGAGGAAUUUCAAUGGAAAGGCUAGUAGAAGGCGGAGAAGAACACCUUGAACGUGGGUGGAUAGCUGAAGGGUUGCGCCCAUUUCUGUAUACCUUUUAUUUCUCUCAGAGGAAGGAUCACAGAUGCUCAUUUAAUUGCGAGGGCUCCCACGAUUCAAUUCCUUUAGUUUUGUUUUGGGCUUCUUGCCUGAAAAUCCCACCCUGAAAGUCUUGGAAAGGGCCUUAGAAAGACGAUGACACUCUUGAUGUUUCUUUUGGCCAUCAUCUCUUCCUUCACCUCUCCUCCCAUUACUUCUUAAUCUUCUCCUCUCCUCCAAUAUGCAAUUACAUGAUCACAUACGUUACGAUCACUCUUACGUUGGUUUCCAACAUCCUCCUAGCACAUAUCAUUUGAAGAAAGUUUAGUCGGCACCGUUAGAUUCAACCUCAAGAGAGAGUUCUCUUGUGCUGACAUUUUGCUCCACAUUCCACUAUCAGAGCUCAAUGGAGGAGUCCUGGAGGUCCUAAAUAUAAUGAGGGAAGAUGAUUAACUUGGCAAGACACUCACAUUAUUUCUCUUCGGAGCAAUUUAGGCCUCCAGUGAGCUCAAUGACAUUGACUACAUGGUUAUAUCCACUAUCAUUCUGCUAAAUGCCACACUAUAACAAAACAUCAUCACCCAUCCAGUUCCUAAUGGACUCCUUAAACAGGAAGAGACAACGUGUACAGCUUAACUGACCAAGGUGGACUUGUUGGACUAGCUUAACAACUCCUAACUGUCUGCCUUGAACUGGGGAUUUGUGAAGGUGGACCAAUAGUAAUGAUGGAUCCAGAAAGCACCUUAAUAGCCACCUUAACUGUGGAGCCUCAUUUGGGACUUUUGAAGGGUGCUAAACAAGCUUGAGAUAAUUUAUUUCUUGAAAGCGAAGCAAACAGAGAGGGACCAGACCACGGACUCCACAAAAGAACCACUUCAUCCACAAUGCACGCAUAUGGACAAUAUAGUCAUGAAAAGAAAGUCCAACUGGAAGGUCUUAAAUUGAGCCAACACAAAUACAGGCACGGGGAACUACAAGGUUAAAUUUUGUUCUGAACAAGUGGUUUAUAUGCCUUUUUUUAUGAGUGUGCGCAAGUGUAAUAUCUCAUCACACCUUUAUUUUUAUUUUAACAGACUCCAAUG